AGUCGCAGGAUGUUUUAUUUUUUGUUGUUUCUGGUGCAAACUCUAUCUUGCCUGUUUGUCGUGGCUCUUGCGACCACUUCUGUAAACGAGAAUGGCGAGCUCGAGGCCACGGCGCGUUCCAAUCAUGACACAGAGCGCGGACGUGGACGCAACCCACUCGUACGCCUUGAAUUCCGUGCACUUCCAGAGUCCUCUAUUCAACACCGAACGGCUUGCAGUGCAGCUCCUCAACACCAAGACCCUAACAAAGUCCUGCUGGGUGUUGACCACACGGAAACCGCGGGGGGCGAAGGUUUCAGCACACACAACAGAACCACCACAGCAACUACAACGUCGGCGAAAAUCCCUCGUUUCGUUCUCUACUCCUUUCCACCGAACAACAGGGAGGCCAGGCUCUUUCUGCAGGCCAACGAAAAGUACAUCGGCCCCGAGUGGACCCCGGUUUUUCUCGACGACGAAACUUGCGUGAAGAAUUUUGUCGCUUUUCGAACCAUAGUUCUCCAAACACCGGAUGGCAACACACAACGCUACACGCCGACCCAAAUCCAAGCGGUCUUCGACAAUUUCUCCUUCGGCGCACACAAGGCGGAUCUGUGCAGGUAUCACUUCGCGUUUGUCAAAGGGGGUGUCAUGAUCGAUUCCGACGCGCUGCUCGCCGAGAAUCUCAGCGACAUCAUUGACCGGGGCGACGCCGACUACGUGGGGAUCCGGGCGCAACUGCGCAGUUUCAGCAUUGGGCUGAGGCACUCCUGCCACCUGAUUCUCGGUUCGACCGCGGGAAAUCCGAUUAUGCGAGACGCUUUGUGGGACAUUCUGCAGUGGAAGAAAAACGCAUGGAUGUGGGGACCAGUCGACUGGCGGGACAACAUGCGACAGUUUCUCGUGCCCGGGGUCGCGCAACUGCACUACAUGCGUCACCAAGCACUGCGAAAGCAGGCGAAGCGGAUUUCUGAUAGGAGUGAGGAGUAUGCAGUAGGAGCGCAAGAACCUAGUCAUCAAGAAUCUGAAUCCAUUUCGGAUCAACAUUCGCUCCCGAUUGUGCACGCUGCGCAGUAUGGCUACGACGAAAAAACGAAAUCACUCGCCGGCAAAAACAGAAUGACCGUAACGCCUGUACCGCCCGUGGUGUCAAACUAUCGGCGCCAGAUCCUUGCCAAGCAGAUUAAUGUCGAAACCGGUGCAAUUAACGAAUCGCAAUGCGGCUUUGACCAGUUUCGCUUACAAUUACGCGCCAUCCUUCGUGUCGCGGAGUUUCUUUGGCGACAGUGUCUGGUGGCCACAAAUUUUGCAGGACGACUUUCUGACCCAAGCCGAAGCGGCUAUCACAGUGAGAUGGAACAGCUACGCGACUGCGCAAGGACCCACUUUCCCUUUAUCGCUGACGCGCUCGUCUUUCGGCGCCGCAGCAGACUGCUAAACCGGAAUACGAGGCGAUUUGUCAUCGCUGCCACUGAAUACCGAGAGCACUCCGAAGUUGCUGCAUUUCUGAAAGAACUCGAGCUGUCCGGAUACGGCACUUCGCUUUGGAAGCCUCUUUUUCUCGCCGCGCAAACGCUUGUCUUCUACACCCUCGAUCCUAGAAGGGAAGCUGAGCAGGAGCAGCAGCAGAACACCGGAACAACCACUUCAGUUCGCGACGAGCACCCCAACAGAGGGACCAUAGGCUCUCUACUGCUACGAAAAAACACUACUGAGCGAGCCGACCAGCAGCUAAGACCGAACGGUGGAGCCAGUUCAACUAUAUCGCACGGCAGGUGGGUCGGACCUCUACACUAUCAAAAUUUCAAUGCGAAACUGUGGCAAUUGAUGCACAAAUACAACACGACGCAGAAAAUCCGCUAUUUGGACGAACACAGUCUCAGUGCGCUUGCCGAUCCUGCUACCAUUCUGGUUGCGCCGGAGGAAGAUCAAAGCGUUUGUCUCGAACUAGUUGCGGCGGAAACAGCAUUGGAGGAAGGGGGAGACGCAAUAGACACUGAAAGCAGUAGUUUAGCCGCACCGGCGGCGACGGAAAAUAUCGAUGUCGAAAUCAAAUUUGAGCUAGGGCCUGAGAAGUUGUCUUCCCAUAGUGUGAACGUGACUUUUACCGACCUUUCACUUUUAUCCACGGGAAGCAACGCUGCAGAUGGCAGCCAUCCUGACGACCUUCUGCACGAGCCUUCAAGCGUAGCUGGAGUUCAUGUACAUGAUGUAAUAGCAGUGCAGCAGUAUGUUCUCGAGAACGAGAAAAACAAGGACACCCUGACCCAAGCAGUUACAAACGCCGCAUCGCGCGCGUUGUCAAGCAGGAGCAACAUCAAAGCCGCUGGACGAGAGACAACUCGUGGAGAAAGAGAUGUUGAUAACGACCAGUCACAGAAAACGAUCCCUUUAGUGGCUUCACAGCUUUAUCACCACAAUCCUCCGUCCCGCCUUGCACUUCCGAGAAUCGUUGCUACCCACCACAGCAAGGACAAAUGUCCUGCUUUCUGGAUUGACGAUCUGGAGCUGCCGCGAGAGAAAAUUGCAUACGACACUUUUUGGAAUCACCCAGAACAUUUUACCAUGGAUUGCACCGCACCUGGUGUCGAUUGCGGGUACCCUAUUCAGGAUUGGGCAUUGCUACUGAGCUUAGUUCACGACACUUCGCAGGAGCAACAAAUACAAAAAUUCUACGUCGAGAUAAACGUGGCCGAUCUGGUGCUUCUUCACAUUGUCGUCGGUUAUGUGCUGUUUUGGUGUUCAACUCAUGGCGGAAGAAGAUCUGAAAAAGAGCCACAACUUACGCAUACAUGCUUGUUCUUUAGUAGAGAUACCAAAACGAAUUUAUUGCAUCGUCCACAUGAUAAGUACAUCGAUCGCUUGAAGUAG